CCCCCCAACAGCCGGCAUGUAAAUACUACUUUGUUCCGCUUUGCAUAGAUAGCAGUACUGGCCGUUUAAUGUUAAGAGCAGCUCGUUUAGAUGUGUCCCAACUGUGUAGAACUUUAGCAUUAGAGGAAAAGCUUGCCUGCGAGUGGCUGACGCGUGCGUCCUGCUAUGAAACUGUGCCUGAACUGAUCGGCUGAGAUGCUGUCCACCGGUCCGGAGCUGCUGCGGCUCCUCAGGCUAUGCUUUUGUGUGAGUCUUGUUUUACUUUCUCAAGUCUCCGGCGCCAAAAGAGAUUUGAAAAGCGCCUGUAUCACCUGCCAGCAAAUUACGGACAACUUCAACAAGGGCUUUGACAGAACAGCAAAACAGAACUUUGGAGGAGGCAACACAGCCUGGGAGGAGAGGAAACUGUCCAAAUAUGAGACAAGUGAGAUCCGUCUGAUGGAGAUCGUGGAGGGUCUCUGUGAGAGCAGCAGCUUCGAGUGCAACCGAAUGGUAGAAGAACACGAAGAGCAUUUUGAGACUUGGUGGUUCAAGAGGAAAACGAAACAUCCUGAUUUGCAUAAAUGGUUCUGCAUAGAGACCAUCAAGGUGUGCUGUCCAAAGGGGACAUUCGGACCCGACUGCAACGCCUGUGUCGGAGGCUCUGAGACACCUUGUCACGGAAAUGGAAUGUGUGACGGUGACGGGAGUCGAGGUGGCAACGGGAAGUGCAGCUGCAACGACGGCUACACGGGAGAGUUCUGCCUCGACUGCAGCGACGGAUACUUCAACGAAGAGAGGAACGACACCUUCUCUCUGUGCACAGAAUGUCACACUUCUUGCAAGACCUGCACAGGAGCAACACACCAGGACUGUGACGAGUGCAAGGAAGGCUGGGAGGAGGACGACCAGGAGGCUUGUGUUGACGUGAACGAAUGCUCCAAAGACCCUUCACCAUGUAAAGAAGACCAGUUCUGCCUCAACACAGAAGGCUCGUAUUCCUGCAAAGCCUGUGACAAAGUUUGCUCCGGCUGCACCGGCGCCGGCCCUGAUAACUGUCAGUCAUGUGCCAGCGGGUACCAAGACACCGAGGGCACCUGCACAGAUGUCGAUGAGUGUCAUCAGUCAGAGCCGGUUUGCACGAAGGAGCACGAGGACUGUAUCAACACUGAAGGCAGCUUCGUGUGCGUCUGCUCCAGCGGCUACGAGGAGAAAGACGGCGAAUGCGUCCAGACACCUCAGCAAGAUGAAGCAGUGGAGUCGGAAUCACCCGAGACGACAGCGACUCAACGCGGGGAACUCUGACGUCCAAACGGGGACCAGCGGCAUCGAAACUGUGGAGACUUGUGCACAUCCCCUCGUUUUUAAACCCUCGACUACAUGCACUUACUUAAUGUACCAGCUGCUCUCAGAACCAACAGAAGACGGCGUUUUCCAGCAGCGGAUUAAAGGACCAGAUAAAAAAAACAGAAGAAGAAGAGACAUUUUCUGCUCUCAGUAUGCUGGUUGUUGUUGCUUUUCUGUGGUGUGCCAGAACUACCACUUGUUGUCUUUAUUUGUUGUAAGGUUUUAAAAAUAAAAAGUCAAUAAAGGUGAAUUGUGUUAACUUUAUCAUA